AUGGGUUCCCGGCAAAGAAAUAAAGAUUGCUAUGCUUUGGCUCUUCUCAUUGUCGCUUCAUUCUACAUAACCAAUGCAGAUUGUGAAAAGAUAGGACUAUGCUAUGGAAUGCUUUCAGACAGUUUGCCUUCUCACAAUAAGGUGGUGAAUCUGAUGCAGUCAAACAACAUAGGAAAGGUGAGAUUAUACUUUGCAAGUCAGGACGCCCUGCAGGCCCUGAACAAUUCUGGAAUCGAAGUUAUUGUGGGAGUUGGCAACGCUGAGCUUCAGACGAUUGCAGGUGACCAGGAUGUAGCGAACAUAUGGGUGAAUGACAACAUUAAACAAUUCCAUCCUUCUGUCAACAUCAAAUACAUUGCAGUGGGAAACGAGGUAUUUUUAAAUAGAACACUCAUUUUGUAUCUCCUGCCUGCAAUGGAAAACAUUCAGAGGGCAUUGAGGAACGCUUAUCUGCAGAACAACAUCAAGGUCUCCACACCAUACCCAACAUCCGUGUUGAACAACUCAUUUCCUCCCUCUGAGGGAACAUUUGGUGAGGAUAUGAGUGCUAUCCUUAAGUUUCUAUCAGAUAAUGGCUCCCCUUUCAUGGCCCACGUCUAUCCAUAUUUCAGCUACAAAAACUCCGCAGGUUCAACUUCUGCAGACUAUUCGCUGUUUAGAUCGACAAGUACUGUGGUGACUGAUGGCAAUCUAAUGUAUAACAACUUGUUCGACGUUUUUGUCGACGCUUUUAUAUCUGCUAUGGAAAAGCUGGGACAUUCCAAUAUUCCAAUUAUAAUAACUGAAAGUGGGUGGACCACUGCAGGCAAUCCCGUGGCUACUGUGGACAAUGCCCGAACUUACAACAACAAUCUCAUCAAGCAUGUUUUGUCAAAUGCAGGAACACCAAAGAGACCUGGAACGACAAUUGAGACAUAUAUUUUUACACUGUUCAAUGAGAAUCAGAAGACUGGGGCUGAGGCGCGCCAUUUUGGUCUGUUUGAUACCAAUAAAAUUCCUGUCUACCCUAUGGACUCCCUAGCUGGAAGUUCUGUUUACCCUCCGCUCAGCUCACCUGAAAGUUCCAGGGAUUUAAAAGUGGGGUUCUCAAGGCAGUUUUGUAUCAUUGCUUAUGCAACAUUUAUCAUCUUCCUUCUUGUGGGCAAUCAAUGUUUAGACAUUCGGAUUGGAGCAUAUGUUGACGACAAGGAUAAUGUGGAUUUCCAGACAAGUCCUUUGACACCAGGAGUAAAGGGCAAGGAGCCUGUGGUUGAGUUUAAGGUUGAUAUAAAAGCUACAGAUGCUAUGAUUUAG